AUGCGGUCCCUGAACAUCACCCCGGAGCAGUUCGCGCAGCUCCUCCGGGACAACAACGUGACACGGGAGCAGUUCAUUGCUCUCUACGGUCUGCAGCCGCUGGUGUACAUCCCGGAGCUGCCGGGGCGCACCAAGGUGGCCUUCGUCCUCAUCUGCGUUCUCAUCUUCGCCCUGGCGCUCUUCGGCAACUGCCUGGUGCUCUACGUGGUGACCCGCAGCAAAGCCAUGAGGACCGUCACCAACAUCUUCAUCUGUUCCCUGGCGCUCAGCGACCUCUUCAUCGCCUUCUUCUGCGUGCCCUUCACCAUGCUGCAGAACAUCUCCUCCAACUGGCUCGGCGGUGCCUUUGCUUGCAAGAUGGUGCCAUUUGUUCAGUCCACUGCUAUCGUAACUGAGAUUCUUACCAUGACCUGCAUUGCUGUGGAAAGACACCAGGGAAUUGUGCAUCCACUAAAAAUGAAGUGGCAGUACACCAAUAAAAGAGCCUUCACAAUGCUUGGCAUAGUCUGGUUGCUGGCUCUUAUUGUUGGGUCACCCAUGUGGUACGUGCAACGGCUUGAGGUUAAAUAUGACUUUCUGUAUGAAAAAGUGCAUGUUUGUUGCUUGGAAGAAUGGGCCAGUCCCAUUUAUCAGAAGAUCUAUACAACCUUUAUUCUUGUUAUACUCUUCCUUCUUCCACUGAUGCUGAUGCUUUUUUUGUACACUAAAAUUGGCUAUGAACUCUGGAUUAAGAAACGAGUGGGAGACUCUUCAGUUCUUCAAACCAUUCAUGGGAGCGAAAUGUCUAAAAUAGCAAGGAAGAAGAAGCGAGCAAUUGUUAUGAUGGUGACAGUGGUGUUUCUCUUUGCAGUCUGUUGGGCCCCUUUCCACGUGAUUCACAUGAUGAUGGAAUACAGUAAUUUUGAGAAGGAGUAUGAUGAUGUGACAGUCAAAAUGAUCUUUGCAAUUGUCCAGAUCAUAGGGUUCUUCAAUUCUAUUUGCAACCCUAUUGUGUAUGCUUUCAUGAAUGAGAACUUCAAGAAAAAUUUUCUGUCUGCCCUCUGCUUCUGCAUUGUGAAAGACAACACAUCCCCAGGCAGGCAGCUUGGAAAUUCAGGAAUUACCAUGAGGAGACAAAAGCCAAGUGCAUCUCAGAGAGAUCCCAUGGAUUCAGAUGAAGGCAGGAGGGAGGCGUUCAGUGAUGGCAACAUCGAGGUCAAGUUCUGUGAUCAGCCAGCUUCCAAAAGGAAUUUGAGGAGGCACCUGGUCCUGUUCAGCUCUGAGCUUACUGUGCACUCUGCAGUAGGAAAUGGACAGUAG